ACGCCCUCCCUCUUACCUCCACGACGCCAUCCAACCUGCACCCCCCACCCUUCCACCCCCCACCCCUUCCCUCUACACUCGCAUCCCAGCCUGGCGACUGAAGGACCGAGCAAGGGAAGGAAGGAGCAGGAGUAAGCGUGAGGGAGCAGGAUGGAGGGCAGCUUUGACACUGAGGAGAGUUUUGACGACCCGUCGUGUCUCGCCCCGCAGCCGCCUGGGUCCGUAUCGCCCGCCAGGAGGCGAGUCCACGAGGUGAAGGAGACCAAGACCACGAUCAACGGUGUGACGUUCCCACUUCCCGGAGAAGGACCCGAGCAGCAACUGCUCAAACCCAACGAAUGGAGCUACUGCGAUUACUUCUGGACAGACAAAAAGGACCCCCAGGGGGCCACGUCGGUCGGCGGCUUUGAGGUUCUGCUGCAGAAGCAACUGAAGGGCAAACAGAUGCAGAAGGAGAUGGCCGAAUUUGUGCACGAGAGGAUCAAGAUUGAGGAGGAAUACGCCAAGAACUUGUCCAAACUUUCUCUCAGCACUCUGGCGGCGCAGGAAGAAGGCACCCUGGGAGACGCUUGGACUCAGCUAAAGAAAAGUCUGCACGACGAGGCCGAAGUCCACCUCAAGUUCUCCAACAAGCUUCACUCCGAGGUUGAGAAGCCGCUGCUGACAUUCCGAGCCGACAACUUCAAGAAGGACCUGAAGAAGUACGACCAUCACAUCGCAGACCUCAGGAAACAACUUGCCAGUCGAUAUGCUGGCGUCGAGAAGGCCCGAAAAGCUCUGGCCGAGCGUCAGAAGGAUCUGGAAGUCAAGACGCAGCAGCUGGAGAUCAAACUCAGCAACAAGACGGAAGAAGACAUCAAGAAGGCUCGCAGGAAAUCCACGCAAGCAGGAGACGACCUGAUGCGCUGUGUGGACCUUUACAACCAGGCCCAGUCCAAGUGGUUUGAGGAGAUGGUGACCACCAGCAUGGAGCUGGAGAAGCUGGAGGUGGAUCGCAUCGAGUGGAUCCAGCAACAUUUGCGUCAGUACACGACGCUGAGGCACGAGACUGAUAUGUUCAACCAGGGCACGGUGGAGCCAGUGGACCAGCUGCUGCAGAAGGUGGACCCGGCCAAGGACCGAGAGCUUUGGGUCCAAGAUAACAAGACAGGCCACGUCAGGCCAGUGGACUUGGACAUCUGAAGCUAGGGAGAGCCAGAAUCAGAACCAGCAUGUUCCUAAUACAUGUGAACCCUGCUCGCUUCUUCUUCUUCUUCUUCUGCUGUCGUUACGUCACUCGUUUUCUUCUACGUUUUGAUGUCUCGUUUGAAAAGAAAAAAAAGUCUUGAUGAUUCUCUUUUAUUUUUGGAUAUCAAGAGGAACUUGCUGUGGAAUAUUUUCAUAUUUUGAAAGAUGGCUGCUGGACAUGCAUGCUUCUUCUACGCAAACGAAAACCUGGAUGGGAGGCGGGUAAAAGUUGGACCGCGUCAUACUGGAAAACCUUCUUGUGCCUCAAGUGCUUGGAAGGAACCCCCAGAGACCACAUGCCUCAAUUUAAGUUUUCAUGUCAUGUGACACUUAUUACGUGCGCUUGCCAGAUACACACUUACAAAUCAGUACAAGAUAUAAAAAGUGCAAUGAAGUUAGUCACGGGAGUGACUUAGCCAACUUGACCAUGCCAGAUAACACAAGACGAGAUUUCGUAGCUUGUUCAUGUGAGAUAAGUUUAUGCGACUGAUUGAGUUGUGCUCAGGAGUAAGGGACAAGCAUGACUUACCAAGUUCUAAGUGACUUGCGUAUCUUGCGAGUAUGAAUUAUAAAUAUGAAAAAAAACAAACGCUUAAUUCAAAAGUUGUUUUUUUUAAUAAAAUUCGUUCACGUUGUCACUUCCGGGUUCCUUGUUCGCCACCAUUUCCGCUGUCUUAUUUUGUGUACACAGAAGACAGUCCGGUGGCGCCCCCUUGCGGGUUAAUUGUAACUGCAUGUGCAGUAUGUUUUUAUGUGCGUGUGUUUGUCUACAUUUUGUUCGUGUGUUUUAUUUGGAUUCCAUUUUGUGGUCCUUUCUGAUCACUCGUUGUGUUUUGUUAGUGUUUUGUUGUUGUGUAUUUGAUGUUCCGAGUUUGCCGCCCUCGUGUGCUUCUCAUCUUUUUGGGAAUAUUUUUGGAGAGCACACUGUGGAAUGCAUCUUGUCCGUCAUAUUAGUCAUAAAUAAUUAUAAAAAGAAUAAUAAAGCUCCUCUUGGAAAAGUCA